AUGCUUCUUCUUCAAAUUCUUCUCCUGGUGCUGACAUCUCAUCUUCUCCACCAGUUCCAAAAAGAGCACGAACUAAGGUUUAAGGAUAAGCUGAUUAAGUUUGAAUACAGUGAUUUUUCUGAGCCCUUUGGUAUGAAAUCAUCUGAUAACCUUAGGUCUGGUACUAAGAUGGGCGACUUCAACAAAGUUAAUAUUGUAUUGGAUAUAUCAAAGCAUUUGAUUUUGGAAAUCAACGGAGUUGUGUCCAAGGAAGAAGAUUUGGUUGGUGCUCCAUUGAUUAUGGACGAGAAAGUGUAUGAUGAUCAUAUUGUUGAGCCUAAAAAGAACUCUAAGGAAGAGGAUGGAGAUCUUUCUAACAUUGGUGUUACUCCUUCUGCAUCUGCUGAUGGGAAGACACUUCUUGAUGACAUGAUUCAGAAGCUGUUGGUUGAUAGUCAGGUUAGGGAGUACAUGAUCAUAGCAUACAUUAAUGUAGUGGCUCUUGAAAAUGAGGAUAUGAGGUCCAUGAUGAAGGGUGAGGUAAAAGAGGAUAUUCUAGCUGCUGAUUAUCGUAUGAUAACUCAAACUCAAGCAUUGAAGACUUUUGUUGAUUACCUUGGUGGUAAUAAUUUCAAUUUUCAUCAUAACUCUACAUCAAAUGUCUCCACUCCAGAUCCAGAAGACAUUGUUGUUGCUCCUGCUUUUACUUUUGAUCCCACUGAUCUACCCUAA